AUGCCGUUUCCUGAGUUCUCCCCAGUCUUGGCUCCUCCUCACCGUGGCAGCCCCAAGGCAUGCUGGGAAUCUCCUGUGGGCUGUGUCAGCUCCUGGAAGUCUCACAGCGGGAAGACCCGGGUGGACCAGUUCCUGGUUAAUGAGUUUGGGCGUGGGGGGGGCGUGUGCGCAUGUGCGGCAAGAGAGGCGGGGCAGGAGCCCCUGCGUAAGUGCUUGUGGCGCACAAGCAGGAAGUCUCCCCCCACCUCGGGGCUCCACCCCCUGAAGGAACCCCGUGUGGCCCCAGCAGAGAGCCCGCAGGCACAGGGAAUGGCCCCCGGGACCCCGAGGCCCCCCUCCCAGGGGGAGCUCCAGGGUCAGCCCUGGCUGCCCCCCAUCCCCCGUGUUCUGGGGUUUCCCGGCCUCAGGAGCCCCUGCCAGAAGGAGAUGGCCCAGGUUGCAGCCACACAGGCCCAGGCGCUGCCCUCCCCCUCAGCGGGCAUGGCCAGGGGCAAGGGGUCAGUAACCCUCAAAGAUGUGGCCGUGUACUUCACCCAGGAGGAGUGGCCCUUAUUGGACCAUUCUCAGAAAGAGCUGUACCUGGAGGUCAUGCUGGAGAAUGUGCAGAAUCUACUCUCUGUGGGUAGUAAACCUUAUGAAUGUAAACACUGUGGAAAGGCUUUCCCAGAUAGCAGCUCUCUUGCUAGACAUCAGAGAAUUCACACAGGAGAGAAACCAUAUAAAUGUAAACACUGUGGAAAGUCUUUCACUCAGAGGAGCUCUCUUGUUACACAUCAGAGAAUCCACACUGGAGAGAAACCUUAUGAAUGUAAACACUGUGGAAAGGCUUUCACAAAUGGCAGCUCUCUUGCUAAACAUCAGAGAAGCCACAGUGGAGAGAAACCUUAUGAAUGUGAACAGUGUGGAAAGGCUUUCACGGAGAAAUGUUCUCUUUCUGUUCAUCAGAGAAUACACAGUGGAGAGAAACCUUAUGAAUGUAAACACUGUGGAAAGGCUUUCACAAAGAGGGGCCAUCUUGCCAGUCAUCAGAGAAUGCACACUGGAGAGAAACCUUAUGAAUGUAAACAUUGUGGAAAGACUUUUACAUGGAAGGUCUCUUUUACUGAACAUCAAAGAAUACAUACAGGAGAGAAACCUUAUGAAUGUAAACACUGUGGAAAGGCUUUCACAAGGAGGCAUCUUGCCAGUCAUCAGAGAAUACACACUGGAGAGAAACCUUACAAAUGUAAACACUGUGGAAAGGCUUUCACUCAGAGGACCCACCUUGCUACACAUCAAAGAAUCCACACUGGAGAGAAACGUUAUGAAUGUAAACACUGUGGAAAAGCUUUCCCAGAUAGCAGCUCUCUUGCUAGACAUCAGAGAAUUCACACAGGAGAGAAACCUUAUGAAUGUAAACAGUGUGGAAAGGCUUUCACAGAGAGGGGCUCUCUUGCUAAACAUCAGAGAAUUCACACAGGAGAGAAACCUUAUGAAUGUAAACACUGUGGAAAGGCUUUCACAGAGAGGGGUUCUCUUGCUGUACAUCAGAGAAUCCACAGUGGAGAGAAACCUUAUGAGUGUAAACAAUGUGGAAAGGCUUUCACAUAUAGUAGCUCUCUUGCUACACAUCAGAGAAUCCACAGUGGAGAGAAACCUUAUGAAUGUAAACACUGUGGAAAGGCUUUCACAAAUAGCAGCUCUCUUGCUAAACAUCAGAGAAGCCACAGUGGAGAGAAACCUUAUGAAUGUAAACACUGUGGAAAGUCUUUCACAGAGAGGAGUUCUCUUUCUGUACAUCAGAGAAUCCACAGUGGAGAGAAACCUUAUGAGUGUAAACAAUGUGGAAAGACUUUCACACAGAGAGGCUCUCUUGCCAUUCAUCAAAGAAGCCACAAUGGAGAGAAGCCUUAUGAAUGUAAACAAUGUGGAAAGGCUUUCACAACUAGAAACAAUGUUGCCAAACAUCAGGGAAUCCACAAUGGAGAGAAACCUUAUGUAUCUAAGCAAUGUGGAAAAGCUUUCACAUGGUGGGAGUCUCUUACCCGACAUCAGAGCAUCCACACUGGAUAGAAACUUUGUGAAUAUCAUUAAUUUUGAUAGGCUUUCAUAUAAAAUACCACAGUUUUUCCAUAUCAGAAAAUCUUCACUGGAGAGAAGCCUCAUUAGUGAGACCAAGCUUAUAUUUGCCACUUUUAGAUCAUUUAACAUAAGAGGAUCCACAUUAGAGAGAAAUGUUAGGAAUAUUAUAAAUGUGGUAAGUCCUUCAGGCAACAAUCUUCUCUUAUUCCCAAGCAAGAAUUCCUUUGGGAUAGAAAUCUUAUUACUGUCAUGGAUGAAGAAAGACAUUGAAAUGGAGAGUCCUGAGCUUGUUGAGUAUGAGAAAAUGUUUUCUGAACAGACCAGUUCCCAGUGGAUUCCCUGGGGGAAGACUUUCAGCCAGGAUCCUAGCUUUUACUUUAUAUCAGAGUAUUUAUAGUGCAGAAAAUAUCUAACCAUUGUGGUCAAGUUGUAUGUAUUUUGCUCAGGAGGGUAAUCACUAUUAUUCAGGGAAAUGCAAAUUAUAAUAAGGUUGAGGGAUCACCCCAUAUCUUUUAGAUUUGGCAUUAUGACAGAAAAGGAAAGUGACAAAGUUGGAGGAGAUGUGAGAAAACUGAGAUACUAAUGAACUGUUGAGGGA